GCAUGCCAGGCGACCAAUCCCAUCACGCGCUUCCGUUAGAGACAGCAAGGCUAUUCGUCGCCCCAACGAGACAAGCUGUCUUCCUGGGCUCAAACCUCGCCAACAACAAUCACGCCAAACUAUCUCUGCGGACUCCCACUAGCGCAAUCGAUUCUACCAGAAGUCAUCUCCCGUGCCCGACCAAGACCGGCUGUCAUUCACAAAGCGUCGUCCCGAUUGCCUGCGCCUGCGAGACUUGAGCUGUCCCGUCAGACUCCUCUCUAGCCAAGAUGGCUGACGACGAGAAGGCCCAGAAACUGGCGGCGGCCAAGAAGCGGGUCGAGCAAAUGAAGAAGAAAAACGCCAAGAAGAGCGGCGCAAAGAGCUCGACAAAGGACAAAGAACAACCCAAGGAAGAGCCGCCGCGAAAAGAGAACCCCAAGCCUGCAAAGGACGAUGAGGAUUCGGAGAAAGAGGAAGAAGAAGAAGAAGAAGAAGCAAACACCGCCGCCGCAACGGGCAAGCCUCCGGCCGACGCCGUCAGCGACCUCCCCAAGCCCACAGACGAGCCGCCAAUGUCCCCCACCACAGUACAGCAGUCGAAGCUGCGGUCGUCCUCGUUCCGCCAUGGCCCGCUUUCGCCAACCAUUGGGUCGGCGGGCGAGGGCGAGACGGCGCCCGACAUCUACCGCAAGCAAGUCGCCCGCAUCGAGGAUCUGGAGAAGGAGAACAAGCGGCUGGCCAAGGAAGCAGCGGACAAUGAGAAGCGGUGGCAGAAGGCCGAAGACGAGCUCGAGGACCUGCGCGAGGGCGAGGACAAGGCGACGGAUGCAGAGGUUGAGAAGUUGAAAUCCGAGCUUGCUGCCCUGCAACGGCAACACGCACAGCUCCAGAGCGCCGCCCAGAGACGACACAGCUCGCAGGCGUCGAUAAGCAUGUCUGCCUCUCCACCCAGCGAGCUGCAAGCCCAGCUCGACUCCAAGUCUGCCACGAUUGAGUCUAUGGAGCUGGAGAUCUCGCGACUCCGUGCCCAGGUGGAGCGGCAGAACACUGAAGGGGGUUCCGAGCGCGAGCAGGUUGCCGCGCUGGAGGAGAAGCUCGCGCGGGCAGAGCAAGCCGCGACAAAGGCGCAGCGUGAGCUCGUCGACGCCAAAAAGAACCUGGAGCGCACCGCGGAGCGAGCUGUCAAGGAAGGCAGCGAGAGGACCAGCGCCGAGACCAAGAUCCGGACGCUGGAGCAGGACUACAAGAAGCUGCAGGAGGAGAAGGACGAGCUGGACAAGAAGGUUGAAGCGCUGGAGAAGAAGGUUGCCGCGCUGGGCAGUCUACACAAGGAAAAUGACAGUCGGUCACAAUCGCUGCGCAAGGAGAAGGAGAAGGCGGAGAAGGAGGCCAAGGAGGCUCUGGCCAAGGUUGAGAAGCUUGAGGCUGAAAACGCACGGCUGCGGAAGAAGGAUGCUGCGGAGGGUGGAGGCGACGACGAUGGCGUGGAAGAGUUGGAGAACGAGGAGAGGCAGCGCAUGGAGAAGAAGAUUCGUGACCUCGAAAGCGAAGUGUACGACCUUCAGAGGGGCAUCUGGCACCAGCGUCGCAAGGAAUUGGAGCCUGGCAUGAUGGACGAUGUCGCAAGCCCUGGCGCCGGCGGGUUCACCAACGUCGACCUCAACAGCGGGCUGGCAUCGCCCACAUCGGCGAGAAAGGGCAGCGGCAAGGGCUUUGGUGACUUUUUCACAAGCGGCCUAAAUGCGUUGACAGGUGCCGGUCACGAAGAGCACGACGGUCUCCUGGAGGACGACGACUUUGAGUUUGACGAAGACGCCUUCCGCAAAGCGCAGGAAGAGGACGCCAAGAACCGCCUCGAGCGCAUCAAAGAGAUCAAGCGCGGCCUUAAGAACUGGGAAGGCUGGAGGCUUGAUCUGGUCGAUGGCCGACGAGGUGGGGGUGGUUAUGGUGGAGGCGAGAUCUUUGAGAUUUAGAACGAGAUAAUGCCUGCUAUAGACCACAUGCGUUGAUCCGCGAAGACCAUGGCUGCCAAGAGGCUUGCAUUCAUCGUGUCACGUUUGAGCGUGGUCCUGCAUGCCAUGCCUGCGUAGUUUCCAGACACUGAGAUUUGCAAAUCGGAAUAAACGCAUUAACAAGUUAUGAUGCCGUGACCUGGGGGCAAAGGGUCUUUCUGAGCACAGGUCCUCCCAAGCCAUGAUGAAUCAGCUUUUUUCAUCGAUGAACUAAUCGAGG